UUUCUUUCUACUUUCAAUAAUAAUUAUUAGUAAUCAACUCAAUAAUAAUUAUUAGUAAUCAACUCAAUAAUAAUUAUAAGUAAUCAACUCAAUAAAAAAUUGGAUAAAAAAGAUAACGAAUUUAACAAUAUUAAACUUUUAGAUAGCUUGUAAACAUUUGUUUAUAUAUUGAUAAAUUUUGCAGUGUUGUAGUGUUGGCAGUUUUUGCAGUUUUUGCAGUUUGUGCAGUUUUUGCAGUGGUCUGCAUAGUCCUUGUUCUUGUAUUGUUACGAAAGGACAGAAGUAAGACAGAUCAAGAUGCAGAUGUUAUAGAACAAGGAGAAAUUCUGGUUUCGGCGACUCAAAAUAACAAAAUGAAGAAUGACAAUGUUGUAAACGGGAAUCAGGAUGAAACCGGUGGUAACAUUGAGAACGAAGUAAACAAAGACAAUGUAAAUGAUGAAAGCAUAAAAUCAACCAAUGAUUCUUGUCGAGAUGUAUUCUGCAGUGACAACGGAUGUUCAAAAAAUAUAAAAGACAUUGAAGUUAAAAACGUGGAAGAAUUGCCUAUAGCCAUUACUGGAAUUUUUGAUAACAAGAAAGAUAUAUCAUACCCAGUCGAACAUUCAGAUGUUGAUCGAAUUGACAUUACUGUUGGAGAACAACUGAUUACCGAAAAUAUAGAGGAUGUGUAUAAGGUAGAUUGUAUGGAAAAGCAUAAACAAAUGUCUUUAUCGCAAGCGCCAAGAUUAGAUAAAGAUAGUUUAAAUACAAAUUCAACAUCUGGGUAUGCACAACUGACAGAGCAUAGCUUAAAACCUGUGACGCAAGUCUCACAUGAAAGAUUUGAUCAAAGUACAGAGGAGGUCAGUAGUGGAUACGGGUCUGAAGAAUUUCCACACUGUUCGCCAAUGUCCUAUGAUAAAGGCCCAGGUUCUCUACAAAAAUAUGGUGAAUUGGUUUCGGUUUCAGUUUCGAAUGGAAGCACGGAAGGAACAGAGAUCAUUACAAGCGGUCUAGAAAGUUUUAAUUAUAAAUUAACUGGACCGACAACACCAUCUAUUCAUAGUGAAAGUAUUCAACCUAAGCAGAUUAUUAUUAGAAAUGAUAGUGGCGUUUAUGACAGUGGCAAUGGAUAGCGCUGACAAUUUAUCAUUGAAGUGACUAGGCAGUUAAAUUCAUAAACAUAUUAGAGAGACGAUGAAAUCAGAGAAAGUUCAAGGAUUUAUAGUACCUUAAAUAAAAUGAAUGUACUAAAUAUGUCUUAAAGAAGGGAUAUUGAAUUUGAGGAAAAAGUGCAUUUGACAAUCACUUUCACUAUAGGCAGCUAAACAACCUUGUUAUGUGUUCGUGUUCAUGAUAUUGUAGUUUAUACUUACAAUAGUAUACGCAUUCAUGAUUGUACUGUUAUGGAACUUUCGUGUACAUUUUAUGUAAACUUUAUAUAAUACCUACGAUUCUCAACUUUAAAAUAUACCUGUGACGUAAAUCUUUUUUUCAAACUCUCCAUUAUUUUUCUGGAAUGGAGAGUUAUUUUAUAUUGUCUAUCUUCAUUUAUCUGAACGUUUUACACUUAAAAGAAAGUGUUCACCCAUGGAAAUAAUUCUAAAGGACCUAACGCGAUAUUUAAUGAAGAUGAAAACUUAGUUAAACGGCUGAUACUGUUUUUUUGAGGUGGGAUCGUAGUAAUACAAUAAACACCAAAUAUCUCAUUAUUAACAAAGUAAUUUUAUAUGCGAGUCGUAAUUCCAUCGUAUCAAAUGUAGUAUCGUAUUAACUAAAAUUCUACAAAAAUAUCCAAAGUUUGUUUUGCAGCAAAACUUGGCUGAAUUUCUGUUACAUGUAUCAUCCAUUGUGUGCCAUUCCUCUUCUGUGCAUCUACAACAUAUUAACUGUGUUAACUCAGUUGAAAUAUUUUGUAAUAUUGAACACAUUAAUUUUAUUCAAUAAUGAAAAUUAGAGAAAAAAUAUAUUUUGCUUAAAGAUUUGCUUUUGAUUUUACCGUUUAAAUAUCCAUCUUAAAAUAUGAAAUGAUGUAUUUUGAUUUUUACAACAAAAAUCGUUUGGUGCAUUUUGAUAUAUACAUUAAAACAGAAGAGUUACUCGGAUAGUUUCAACAAUUAAUAUUGUGGGUUAAUAGAAUAAAUAGUUCAUGCAACUGAAAUGGUCAAAUAUAGAUUAACAGUUAUAUCGGUAGUGCAGAUGACGGAACUAUAUCUUGAAAUGUUUAAACGAAAUAAGUCUAAGUGAAAGACAUGCAAAACGAAAACCAGAAAUGUUUUUAAUCACGCGGAUUUUUUAAAACUUUGUUGUUUCCUUUCUGAUGAUAAGGAAGAAUGAAAAACAUUUUUAGUUUGCUUGGAUUGCUGUUUAAGACUCAUCUAAAAACAUAAAAUUGUUGUUCGUUGUAAUAAGCACAGAGAAAGAAAAAAUGUUGGGUCAUGCAUGAAACGCUGUUUUAGUGUUUAAUUUUAUUGCAUUUAAUAGAAUUGUUUGAAAUAUAGAAUCACAUUUUAUUUCCGAAAUAACUUAUAAUCGAGCACACCCUUAUUAGUAAAAUAAUCUAGACUAAAGUGUUACAUACCUCGAAAUUUAUUCUAGUUGUACUAUUUUAUUUUUCCUAGACGAUUCUACAUCCAAUAUUUGUCAAAUGAAAAACACACAUAAUCCACCAACAUAUAUGCAUAAAUAUUAGGUUUUUUUUCUCUACCGAAAUACCACUUAAAGACACAAAUAUAUAUCCUUUCAAUCCCACUACAAGAAAGACGUGCAUAUCCAAUGACUUAAGCCAUAAAUAUGAAUGAACUUUUUAUAGUAAUUAUUCUACUGUUCAUAAAAACUUUGUUAAAAGAGUAGAUGGUUAGCUUGAUCCUCAAAUUUUGCCUACGGAUUAUUGAAUAAACCGAGGGAAAUUGAAAAGAAAACAAUUACAAAAUGAAAUAAAAUUCUAUAAAAUGUUAUACUCUUAAGAUUUUAAUUUAUGUUUAGGUACGCGAAAGUCCAAAUAAAUGUCCAUUCGUGGGAAAUUAUGGGCGAUUUGGACUUUCGCUAUAACUUAAUGUUAUGCAUGUCACUACCUAAUUGUUAAUACUGUAACUCCUCAACCUAAUAAAGAGACAUCCUGACUUAGUAUAAUACAAAUAUGCAUCUA